GAGAGAGGGUUUGCAAUAUGACAUUACAAGCUAGCAAAUUAGUGAAAAUUAGGAAAUUGAGAAAUUGUGCCAGGUAGAAGAUUGAGACCACGUUGGUGUCCUCAGCCCAAUGUCCAACAGUCUGCCGUUCUGUCUCAUCGUUUUUCUCCAAUAUUAUAUAUAUUCCAACACACACUCAAGCAUCCCACUCCCCAUCUUGUGCCAUAUAUAGAUAUCCACAGUACAUCUCUCUCUCUCUCUCCAUAUAUAUUCACAUUCAACAAGUUUUUGGGUGAGUGGUUGUUUGGAGAAAUCUCUCUGUGUGUCUCUGUGUAUAUACAAUAUCUUCAGGCAUAUACUUCGAAAAUGACGAUGAGCAACAACAAUGGAAUGACAAAAGUGUUUGUCGGAGGCUUAGCAUGGGAAACUCCCAAAGAAUCCUUGAAAUCGCACUUUGACAAAUAUGGUGAGAUUUUGGAGGCUGUUAUCAUCUCCGACAAGGUCACCGGCAGAUCCAAGGGCUAUGGUUUUGUUACUUUUAAGGAUGCCGAGGCGGCAAAAAAGGCUUGUGAGGAUGCCACGCCAAUCAUCAACGGCCGUCGUGCCAACUGCAAUCUGGCGGCGCUUGGGGCCCGCCGCCCCAGGUCCUCCUCUGCGACGCCUCCCAAGCAAGGAGUUAAUGGAGUUAAUGUUGGACCAAGGGCUACUUCAACAGCACAUGCAAAUCACGUACAAUGGUACUAUCCAGCUGGAGCACCGACUCCGCCCCCGUUUCAUCAUCAUCAGCAGCACCAUCAAAGUUUUCCUGUUUAUGGGUAUUCUCCAACAUAUAUUGCCACAUACAUGAAUUACAAUCAUAAACAUGGGCAUUUCUCUCAAGUAUAUCCAGCCCAGCCCAUGAUGAACUCAAAUGCAUUGAUGCCUAUGUACCCUCUCUACCACUUUCAUCAGUCACACGCAGUGGGCCUUCCUGCCCACAUUUACUCACCAACCACAGCUGGCCCAAUUCCUACAGUCCCGGCCCUGAUUUCUAAGACCACAUCUCUUGCUGCUCCUAAUUCAGUUUGCUUGGCUGUGGAAUAAUUAUAUGGGGGUGCAGGUAGCAGUUGGAUGAAGCUUUAAAAAAAUGGCAAUAACAAGAGAGAGCGAUGGCUGCUCAGAAAAAAAAUUAUUAUCAGAUCAUCUGCAGUGGCUUUUGCUUUUCUUCUUCUCCUUUUUUUUUUUUUUUUUUCGGUUAUUAUUUUAGAAUCAAAAUUAAUUAAAUUUAUUCAUUACCAAUGUCUAACCUCAAUUAUUUUGUAACAUUUUCAUGUAAUGGUUUCUCAUAUUUUAUGAGAUGCCUUCCACGCCUUGAUCUUUAACUCAAGCAAUUGGCAAUAAUCAACGUUUUAUGUCGAUUGUAUUACAAAUUUUUAUGUUAAGUUGAUCGCAUCAACAAGAUA